CAGACCUUCACUUCAGCGUCUGCUCAUCACCCCCUCGCGAACCCCUCUCAUUAGCCUCUUCGGGCAUAAUUGAUACCCGCGCACCCUUGGUUAAGGAAUACAGUUGCGCAAAUCGCCAGCCAUGAACGGCGACCGAGACAGCGGUAGGUCGCGCGACCACUACUCUUCGCGCGGAGACAGAGAUGACCGUCGCGACCGCGACCGUGAUCGCAGACGCCGUUCCAGGUCCCCGGGCCACCGCAGCUCGAGGCGCGACUACGAAGUCGACACCUAUUCUUCAAGCCGCGACUACAGAGAACGCGAGCGCGAAGACCGCUACGCAGGCAGGGAAAGACAUCGGGACGACGACCGUAGCUGGAGGCGCAGAGACAGGAGGGACGACGAUGAAAGACCGCCGCGCCGGGAUCGCGAUUUGUUCGAUGACCGUGGCGGACGUGGAGGGAGGAGAGACCGUGAUGGCUUCGGUGGACGGGAGAGGAAGAGGAGCGCGUCGCCGCCCCCUAAGAAGAAGGAGCCUACGCCAGACUUGACGGACACUGUUCCGAUCUUAGAGCGCAGACGCCGUCUGACGCAGUGGGAUAUCAAGCCUCCCGGAUACGAAAAUGUCACGGCCGAGCAAGCAAAGCUGUCGGGCAUGUUCCCGCUGCCAGGUGCCCCUCGUCAGCAACCCAUGGACCCCAGCCGACUGCAAGCUUUCAUGAACCAGCCCGCCGGCUCCGCCAAUGCCUCCGCUCUCAAGCCUUCCAACGCACGCCAGUCGAAGCGCCUCUUCAUCUACAAUAUUCCUGCCUCUGCCACCGAGGAGAGCGUCCAAGAGUUCUUCAAUCUGCAUCUGAAUGGCAUGAACAUUGUGCAAGGUCAAGAUGCCUGCGUGUCCGCGCACAUCCCGAAAGACAGGGCAUUUGCACUCUUGGAGUUUAGGACCUCUGAGGACACUACGCUGGCACUGGCAUUGGAUGGCAUCUCGAUGGAAUCUGGGGAUGAGACGAACGGCGCUGCGAACGGUGACCGCGCCGGUCUCACUAUUCGCCGCCCGAAGGACUACAUUGUCCCGGCUAUCGCCGAUGAGGCUGAUUACCAGGAGGGUGUUGUUACGAACGUGGUCAAGGACACGCCGAACAAGAUCUGCGUCACUCACAUCCCAGCUUACCUUUCUGAAGAACAAGUGACGGAGCUGCUUACUUCCUUCGGUGAGCUGAAGGCAUUUGUGUUGGUGAAGGACACGAGCUCGGAGCAGUCGAGGGGCAUCGCAUUCUGUGAAUAUCUUGACCCCACUGCUACUGACAUCGCUGUCGAGGGCCUGAACGGCAUGGAACUUGGCGAAGAGCAUCUCAAGGUUGGCAAGGCCAGUAUUGGCGUGCAGCAGGCUUCGGGCUUGGAGAUGGGAGUCAACGCCAUGUCCAUGCUUGCAGGUACCUCGUCCGAUGUCGAGCAGGGUCGUGUGUUGCAGCUUCUCAACAUGGUUACUCCCGAAGAACUCAUGGACAAUGAUGAGUAUGAAGAAAUUGUGGAGGACGUCCGGGAGGAGUGCCAAAAGUUUGGGCAGGUCCUCGACCUCAAGAUCCCGAGACCCAGCGGUAGCAGGACGAACCCUGGUGUCGGCAAGAUCUACGUCAAGUACGAUACUCCUGAAUCCGCCCAGAAAGCCUUGCGUGCCCUGGCGGGCAGGAAAUUCGAUGAUCGCACUGUCGUCGUCACCUUCUUCGGAGAGGAGUACUUUGACGUCAACGCGUGGUAGCCAGCUAUGAUUGCAGCCAAUCCUUGCCAAUCCUCGCUGACCUGCCUUUCUCGUACCCUUACGACCGGCGUCUCGGGCAUCAGAUUGUUUGUGUGUAUGUGGGGGCGGUUUCAGGGACCACUUCCAUGUUUCCGCGGACGAGGCUCCCUUUCCAGGUGUAAUUUUAGCGCGUUUGGGUAUCUAGCUGGCCGUCAAAAAGCAUGAGACCUUGGACGUGAUGGGAGUGUAGAUGUGAGAAGACCUCAUGCGAAUCUAUUGUCAUGAAAGAUAUCUGUCGCC